UAAUUUGUUCAGCCUGCGCAGCAGUUCAAUUAAUGGGUUCCCUUUUUUUUUUUUCCUCUUUAAUAAGUUGAGUAAAUCCAGUGCAGUUUGGACCAGACCGGGAAGUGCACUAAGUCUGCUGAGGGUUUCAGGAGCAAGUCGCUAUAACUGAAAGUUCUACAGGAGCUGAAAUGGGCUGGAUAUUGCACUGUGUUUGGAUGUGGGUCCUGCUCACCGUUCCAUUCCCAAGUCACGCCAUGCCUCCCAUGAGAUAUUCUCACGCAGGAAUCUGUCCUAACGACAUGAACCCAAACCUAUGGGUGGAUGCACAGAGCACUUGCAGGAGGGAAUGCGAAGAUGACCAGGAAUGUGAAACUUAUGAAAAAUGCUGCCCAAACGUCUGUGGGUCAAAGAGCUGCGUGGCUGCACGUUACAUGGACGUCAAAGGCAAGAAAGGGCCGAUUGGCAUGCCAAAGGGGGCCACGUGUGAUCUCUUCAUGUGUACGCAGCAAGGCUCCGAGUGUGACAUCUGGGACGGGCAGCCGAUCUGUAAAUGCAAAGACAGAUGCGAGAAAGAGCCAAGCUUUACCUGUGCGUCGGACGGGCUUACGUAUUACAAUAGGUGCUUCAUGGAUGCCGAGGCUUGCACAAAGGGAAUCACCCUGACUGUAGUCACCUGCAAAUACCAUCUGUCUUGGCCCAAUACUAGCCCAGCGCCUUUCCAAACCACCUCAAACCCAACCAUAGCUUCUCUGGAAACUGCUUUCAAAAACGGUAUCCCACCCACCUUGGUGAACAACCCUGUCGAGAAGGUGGUCGACGUAGGGGAUACAGUGAGCUUCCAUUGCGACGUCACUGGCAAACCUACACCAGAGAUUACCUGGGAGAAACAGGUGGAUGGAAAGGAAAAUGUUAUAAUGCGCCCUAACCACGUUGUGGCAAACAUAGUAGUGACCAACAUCGCCCAGCUGGUAAUAUAUAACACCCAGCUGCAAGAUGCAGGGAUAUAUACAUGUACCGCCAGGAAUGCAGGAGGGAUUAUCAAGGUCAACUUUCCCUUAUCUGUAAACAAGCUGCCAGCCAAAGAAAAGUCCACCAACAAGACAUUUUUUCCAACAGACGAGUGCCUGAAACCUCCCGACAGUGACGACUGCGGGGAAGAGCAGACUCGGUGGUAUUUCGAUGCCAAGAAAAACAAUUGCUUUAUAUUUAUAUACGGCAACUGCAACAGCAAUUACAACCACUUUGACACGUACGAGUCGUGCAUGCUGACCUGCAUGAAUGGGCCGGUCAAUGUUUGUAAUUUCCCCGCUCUCCAAGGUAUGUGUAAAGCCUACAAGCCCAGAUGGGCCUACAACAAACAGCUGAAACAGUGCCAGUCCUUUAUUUACGGCGGAUGUGGAGGGAACGACAACAAUUUUGAAACGAAAGAGACCUGCGAAGACAUGUGCCCCUUCCCUAAAAACCAGAAGUGUAAGAUCUGCAAACCCCGACAGAAGCUGGUGACGAGCUUCUGUAAAAGUGACUUCACCAUCCUCGGGCGCAUCACGGAACUGACCGAGGAAUUCGAUUCUGGGCACGCUCUUGUCUCCGUCGAGGAGGUUUUAAAAGACGAGAAAAUGGGACUGAAGUUUCUGGGCAAAGAACCGCUUGAAAUCACUCUUCUUAACAUAGAUUGGAGCUGCCCAUGUCCCAAUGUGACUCUGGUCAACAGCCAGCUGAUCAUUAUGGGCGACGUGCACAACGGAAUGGCCACGUUGCAGCCUCACAGUUUCGUGGGCACAUCGAGUGCCCGGCGCAUAAGAAAGCUGCGCGAAGUCAUUUACAACAAAACUUGUGACCUUCUCAAGGAGAUUUUAGGACAGCCGUAACAUUUGUCAUUGCUUUGUGUUAGUCCAUUUACCUACCUAAACCUGAUGAAGUCAAUUGUAUUGUUCUUACGUUACCAAGAUUUUCGUAUAUAGGCAGCAAAAAACUGAAAUGAAAAAUUGUAAACUGGGGGUAUGUUUGAGUGUGGGCCUCCGACAGCUCCCAGACUUGCAGCAAUCAGAGAGCACUGAUAGGCUGGAGUUUCAUACAUUUCUACUCCAACCUAUUAUUGUGCUUCUCCCUUAGCCCAGAGUCAAGAAAGAACCUGCGGCAGUGGCAGUAGUGUACUAUGAGAGGACCAGAAGCCCAUAUACAUUCGUAACCCUUAAGACAGUGAUCCCCAACCAGUGGCUCGGGGGAAACAUGUUGCUCCCCAACCCCUUGGGUGUUGCUCU